AUCGAUUGAAAAGAAGGAUAACAGUUGUUGAAAGUUUUUGCAGGAUGUCUGUAAAGUUUUUGAUGGGAGAGGAUGGGAGUAAACUGAAGAUACUGGAACAUGACGGAUUCUACAUUCCACCGUUUCCAUUUCCAACACACGCCCAAGAAUACGCCAAACUGCCUACAUGGAAAGCUAGAGAUGAUGAUUUACUCGUCAGUGCAUACCCUAAAUCAGGCACACAUUGGUUAUGGGAGGUAGUCUCAAUGUUAAAGCAACAUAAAGCGGAACGGAUAGAUGCCAUUAAAGAAUGGAACAUGAUAGAAGGCAUUGAGCAAGCUAAUUUUGACAGUCUUCCUUCACCUAGAAUUCUGAAUACACAUAUAUAUUUCCGUCAUUUACCAAAAGACUUUAAGAAUAGGAAAUGUAAAAUUUUGUACAUGCUGAGAAAUCCGAAAGAUGUGGCCGUGUCAUUUUACAACCAUCAUUUAAAGGUUUUAGAAUAUGAAUAUUCUGGAUCAUGGGAACAUUAUUUAACAAGGUAUCUAAAGGGGGAUGUUGAUUAUGGUUCCUGGUUUGAGUACACAUUAGACUGGGAAAGAGUCAUGGAAGAUAACCCUGAGUACCCGAUACAUACCUUACAUUAUGAAUCCAUGAAACAGAAUAGUUUAAAUGAAAUAAAACGAAUUGCAAAGUUCCUGGAAAUUGAAGUAACUGAUGAUUUGGUGCGGGAAAUUGAUGAUUUGUGUUCAUUUGAGAAGAUGAAAAAAGAGAAAAAUAAACAUGAAGAUGUAAAUGAAUGGAAAGAUAAAGAGCCAGGAAUGUAUCGCAAAGGACAAGUUGGUGACUGGAAGAAUUGGUUCACUGUCGCACAAGACGAUUUAUUUGACAAGUUUUAUAAAGAAAAAAUGUCAAAGUCAGAAGUCAAAAUGCAAUUCAGUGUAUAGAAUGAAUUUAGAAAAUAUUUAAAAAAUCCAGAAUUUAAUAUUCAACGUUUUUAUAGGAUGAGGGAAAACAAUGUUUGAAUAUAUAUGGUGCUAAUGAAAAAUAUUUGUGACAUGAAAUAAUUGGCAGUACACAUAAUGUCCAAUUAUAACCAGUUUUCUUAUACAUGUAUUUGUUAAAAUAUUAUACAUUAUGGUCUUUUAAUUUUAUGUUCUGGGAAUAUGUAGCUCCGUAAAAUGCAUUGUUAAACACAGUAAUUUUAAUUGAAUAUGUCUAGAAGUAUAAAUGCUACAUACAUCAUGUUUUCUGUUAUUAGAUUCAGUUCAACUGGAUCUAAAUACUUUCAAAAGUUAAUAAAUAUCCGAAAAACCGC